AUGGACACUUCCGGGCACUUCCAUGACUCGGGGGUGGGGGACUUGGAUGAAGACCCCAAGUGCCCCUGUCCAUCCUCCGGGGAUGAGCAGCAGCAGCAGCAGCCGCCGCCGCAGCCGCCACCAGCGCCGGCAGCACCAGCAGCCCCCCAGCACCCCCCGGGACCCCUGUUGCAGCCUCAGCCUCUGCAGCAGCAGCAGCAGCAGCAGCAGCAGCAGCAGCAGCAGCCGCCGCAUCCCCUGUCUCAGCUCGCCCAACUCCAGAGCCAGCCCGUGCACCCCGGCCUGCUCCACUCCUCUCCCACCGCCCUCAGGGCCCCCCCUUUGUCCAACUCCACCGCCACCCUCCACCCUUCCUCCAGGCAAGGCAGCCAGCUCAACCUCAGUGACCACUUGCUUGGCCACUCUCCAAGUUCCACAGCCACAAGUGGGCCCGGUGGAGGCGGCCGGCACCGGCAGGCCAGCCCCCUGGUGCACCGGCGGGACAGCAACCCCUUCACCGAGAUCGCCAUGAGCUCAUGCAAGUACAGCGGCGGGGUCAUGAAGCCCCUCAGCCGCCUCAGCGCCUCCCGGAGGAACCUCAUCGAGGCCGAGCCCGAGGGCCAGCCCCUCCAGCUCUUCGGCCCUGGCAACCCUCCGGAGAUCGUCAUCUCCUCCCGGGAGGACAACCAUGCCCACCAGACCCUGCUCCACCACCCCAAUGCCACCCAGAACCACCAGCACGCCGGCACCGCCCCCAGCGGCACCACCUUCCCCAAAGCCAACAAGCGGAAAAACCAAAACAUUGGCUAUAAGCUGGGACACAGGAGGGCCCUGUUUGAAAAGAGAAAGCGGCUGAGUGACUAUGCUCUGAUUUUUGGGAUGUUUGGAAUUGUUGUUAUGGUGAUAGAGACCGAGCUCUCUUGGGGUUUGUACUCAAAGGAUUCCAUGUUUUCGUUGGCCCUGAAAUGCCUUAUCAGUCUGUCCACCAUCAUCCUCUUGGGUUUGAUCAUCGCCUAUCACACCCGUGAAGUCCAGCUCUUCGUGAUCGACAACGGCGCGGACGACUGGCGGAUAGCCAUGACCUACGAGCGCAUCCUCUACGUCAGCCUGGAGAUGCUGGUGUGCGCCAUCCACCCCAUCCCCGGCGAGUACAAGUUCUUCUGGACGGCCCGCCUGGCCUUCUCCUACGCGCCGUCGCAGACGGAGGCCGACGUGGACAUCAUCCUGUCCAUCCCCAUGUUCCUGCGCCUCUACCUGAUCGCGCGCGUCAUGCUGCUGCACAGCAAGCUCUUCACCGACGCGUCCUCCCGCAGCAUCGGCGCCCUCAACAAGAUCAACUUCAACACGCGCUUCGUCAUGAAGACGCUCAUGACCAUCUGCCCCGGCACCGUGCUGCUGGUCUUCAGCAUCUCGCUGUGGAUCAUCGCCGCCUGGACCGUGCGCGUCUGCGAGAGGUACCAUGACCAGCAGGACGUGACUAGUAACUUCCUGGGGGCCAUGUGGCUCAUCUCCAUCACAUUCCUCUCCAUCGGCUACGGGGACAUGGUGCCCCACACGUACUGUGGGAAAGGCGUGUGCCUGCUCACCGGCAUCAUGGGCGCGGGCUGCACGGCCCUGGUGGUGGCCGUGGUGGCCCGGAAGCUGGAGCUCACCAAGGCGGAGAAGCACGUGCACAACUUCAUGAUGGACACGCAGCUCACCAAACGGAUCAAGAACGCCGCGGCCAACGUGCUCCGGGAGACGUGGCUCAUCUACAAGCACACCAAGCUGCUCAAGAAGAUCGACCACGCCAAGGUCCGGAAGCACCAGCGGAAGUUCCUGCAGGCCAUCCACCAGCUGCGGAGCGUCAAGAUGGAGCAGAGGAAGCUGAGCGACCAAGCCAACACCCUGGUGGACCUUUCCAAGAUGCAGAACGUCAUGUACGACCUGAUCACCGAGCUCAACGACCGGAGCGAGGACCUGGAGAAGCAGAUCGGGAGCCUGGAGUCCAAGCUGGAGCACCUGGCCGCCAGCUUCAACUCGCUGCCUGCCCUCCUCGCGGACACGCUGCGCCAGCAGCAGCAGCAGCUGCUCUCCGCCAUCCUGGAGGCCCGGGGCGUCAGCGUGGCCGUGGGCACCGCCCGCACCCCACUCUCCGACAGCCCCAUCGGGGUCAGCUCCACCUCCUUCCCGACCCCGUACACGAGCUCGAGCAGUUGCUAA